UACAAGUACACGUCUCGAAAAAUGAAUAUUUUCCUCUUCCUUUUCAUCGUCAAGAUCCAGUUGAGUUUUUCUUUAGAUCCAUAUGCCCAGCAACAGCUGGAUAGAGUUUCAAAGCUGCCAGGGCAGAAUUUUAACGUGAGCUUUGAACAUUAUGCUGGCUAUGUUACUGUCAACGAGGAAUCUGGGCGAGCACUGUUUUAUUGGUUACUUGAGGCGGAUGAGGACCCUUCUUCUAAGCCUCUUGUUCUUUGGCUCAACGGAGGUCAGUGGAUUUUUAUUUUAUAUUUUUUCAGUGAGUCUCUUUCUGCAAAUGUAUUGUUUCUUGACUCUCCAGUUGGAGUUGGUUUUUCAUAUUCAAACAUCACCAAUGAUCAACUGAACAAUGGUGAUAAACGGACGGCUGCCGACAAUCUAGAAUUUUUAUUGGAGUGGUUUAAACGUUUUCCACAGUAUAAAGGAAGGGACUUCUACAUCACAGGAGAAAGUUAUGCAGGGCACUAUGUACCACAAUUAAGCCAAGCCAUUGUGAGGCACAACCAUAAAAAUGGAGAAGUCAUCAUCAAUCUGAAGGGUUUUAUGGUUGGAAAUGCGCUAACAGAUGAUUUUCAUGAUUACUUGGGACUCUUCCAAUUUAUGUGGUCUGUUGGUAUGAUUUCUGAUGAGACCUUCAAGCAGUUGAAUGUUUUCUGUGACUCCCAGUCGUUUAUACAUACCUCAGGGCCGUGCGAUAAAGUUCUUGAUAUUGCUGAUGAAGAAAUCGGAGAUAUUGAUAUGUAUAGUAUCUUCACUCCCCCAUGCACAGCCAAUUUUAAUAGAUUUAGUCGCCUAUUAAAACAGAAAAAAAAGGUUGGUCUUAUCAGAAGAGCAUACGAUCCUUGCACUGAGCAGCACUCAACUGUCUACUUCAAUCUUCCCGAGGUUCAAAAUGUUCUUCAUGUUCAUAAAAAAAAUUCCCCGUCCAAAUGGGAAACCUGCAGUGAAGAGGUGAAUGAAAAUUGGAAGGAUACUCCUAUGUCAGUGCUGGAUAUCUACCGUGAGCUUAUACCUUUGGGACUUCGUAUUUGGAUCUUCAGUGGGGAUACUGAUGCUGUAAUUCCAGUUACAUCCACUCGUUAUAGUAUAGAUGCUCUGAAUCUUCCAACGACUAGUCCUUGGCGUGCUUGGUAUGACGAUGGCCAGGUAGGGGGAUGGACACAGGAGUACAAUGGGCUAACUUUUGUGACAGUGAGAGGGGCAGGCCAUGAAGUUCCCCUGCAUAAACCGAAGCAAGCCUUGACACUUAUCAAGUCUUACUUAUCAGGAAACUCUAUGCCAAAACUGGAACAAGUCAGUGAUUUAUAAUUUAUCGCCCGAGCUGACAAUUACAAGAAUUGGCGAUGUAACCUUAAUUCUGGGAAACAAUUAACUGGACAAUGGGCCUGACAUUUUGUACUUUGGAAUUUGCUGUGAACAAGAGUUUCGUUCUUACUUUGACUUA